AUGAUGCAGACUUGUUGUAUCCAUCAAUCGUUUUGUUCCCCUCAUAGAAUUGUUCCAAGAUCUGAUGCUUUGCUCGCUAUUAAGCCUCCAAAAGCUUGUAGAGUUGCUUUCACCGGAAAAAGCCAGCCUUUGAGGUUUCCGAAUCUUACACGGCAAAGAAAACUAUACGUGAGCUUCAAUGCUAACGAUGGUCACCCUCACACAUCCAUGUCUAAGUUGGAAGAAGAAGAAGAAGAAACCUCCACUGAAACCAACUCGCCGGCGAGUCAAGAAGCAGAGCUUCCGUUCAGCAAAUGGUCACCUUCAAAAUACAUAUGGAGAGGUUUAUCAGUCCCAAUCAUAGCAGGACAAGUCGUCCUCCGGAUUCUCAAAGGCAAGAUCCACUGGAGAAACACUCUCCAACAGCUCGAGAGAACCGGACCGAAAUCUCUCGGAGUUUGCCUUCUCACUUCCACGUUCGUUGGCAUGGCUUUCACGAUCCAGUUCGUCAGAGAGUUCACUAGACUAGGCCUCAACAGAUCCAUCGGAGGCGUCUUGGCUUUAGCCUUCUCCAGAGAGCUGAGUCCAGUCAUCACAUCGAUUGUCGUCGCCGGAAGAAUGGGAAGCGCGUUUGCAGCUGAGCUAGGGACGAUGCAAGUCUCAGAGCAAACCGAUACGCUUCGUGUGUUAGGAGCAGACCCGAUUGAUUAUCUGAUCACGCCGAGAGUCAUCGCUUCGUGCUUGGCUCUACCGUUUCUCACGCUCAUGUGUUUCACUGUUGGCAUGGCUUCGAGCGCUCUGCUCUCUGACGCGGUCUACGGGAUUAGCAUUAACAUAAUCAUGGACUCGGCUCAUCGAGCGCUUAGACCGUGGGACAUUGUGAGCGCCAUGAUCAAGUCUCAGGUGUUUGGAGCUAUAAUAUCUGUGAUUAGCUGUUCUUGGGGAGUUACUACUACUGGUGGAGCUAAAGGUGUUGGAGAGUCUACGACUUCUGCUGUUGUCAUGUCUCUUGUUGGGAUCUUUAUUGCGGAUUUUGUGCUUUCUUCCUUCUUCUUUCAAGGUGCUGGAGAUUCUUUGAAGAAUUGUGUGUGA